UAUACUAUAAAUGUCAAAACAUGUCAAAUGGAAAAACCUUGUCCAGGAUGGAAACCCAGGCAUCCCUUCGCACCAACAGGCACUGCUUCUCCCCUGGCUUUGCAUAUUAGGAUUCUCCUUCCUUAAAUAAUAUAUUUUGCUACAAUAGUUUUUUCUUUUCUUUCUCUUAAUAUUUUUUAAUAAUGUCAUUAUUUUUAAUAUAAAGAGUCUUAACUGAGAGUGAACUGAUUGAGACCUGAGGAUUAUUUCUUCCCCUACAUCUAUCACUCUCUCCUAAAUGGCUACUGUAACUAUCUAUUGUUUACUUGCAUCACUGUGAUUGGUUUAAGUCUUGCGUCUCCUGAUCUCUCAUUGGACAGUUCAAUAAUGCAAUAUGGGCGGUGCCUAUGCUUAAAUCUUUUAUGGUCCAAAGCAUUAUUCUCCAUAAACUACAAACACGGUGGAUUUCCCUUACCUGCUGCAGAGAGAAGCCUUUUGUUUAAACUCUUUCAACCUGGUAGUUUAGUCUGUAGGUUCAGAUUGAUGAAUGUAAACAAAUAAUACUGGAAGCCAUGCCUACAUGAAGGCUAAUGAAAGUGCCGGGAGGCUUGUGUGCACUUUUGCUGAUGGUGCAUCUUGCUUUCAAACCUGCUGUGAGUUCUGCUGCUGGAUCUCGCUUGCAGUCGCCUGUGUGGACGCGUUCCUCUCUCUUCCGAGAGCGUGGGACGGCUGUGUAGGAGGGAAGGGGUGGGAGGCACGGGGAAAAAAUGCGAAUGCUUACGGCUGGUGGCCAAGAGAUCUGGAGAAGCUUCAGAGCAGCUCUCUUUAUGGACCGCACCGGCUGUCUGAGGAGAUAAGGAGCAGCACAACAAAGCAGCAGUGCUGUGAGCAAGCAUUUGGAUUUGUUUUUCAUGCCACACGGGGAAAACAAUAUCUUGUCAUCAACAGACGUAGGUUUCAUCCUGGUCAUCGAUCGCAGGCAGGACCGAUGGGCGGCUGUCAAGGGGACUCUGCUUCGUAUUGCAGGCUCCUUCCCCGGGAAUCUCCAGCUGGUCCUGGUUCUGCGGCCCACCACCCUGCUGCAGAGGACGCUCUCAGACAUCCUCUUUAAGUUCAACAAGGAUGAGUUCAAGAUGAAGGUGCCGGUGAUCAUGCUGAGCUCCUUGAGUGAGCUGCACUCCUACAUCGACCGCACCCAGCUGACGCGGGAACUCGGGGGAACGCAGGACUACUGCCAUGAGAAGUGGAUCUCACAUCGAACUGCCAUUGAGGGAUUUGCACUGAUGGUGAAGAGAACAGCGCAGACCCUGCAGUCAUUUGGGACGGAGCUGGCAGAAACUGAACUCCCAAAUGAAAUUAAGACAACAACCAUCCUGCUUAGCACACACACCAGCAAGAGGGACAAAAUGAAGGAGGACAUACUGGUUGCUCUGGAUCAAGGCAGCAGGCUGCUGGAGAGCAUCAAUGAACCUGUAAUAAGAGACCCUGACCACAACAUGAACCAGGACGAACUGGAAAACCUAGCAACAGUACAAAGACUGCUGUCUCAGCUGGACGAGACAGAAAGGGCUUUUGAGGAGUUCUGGGUGAGGCAUCAGACCAAACUGGAGCAGUGUUUGCAACUGCGACACUUUGAGCACAACUACAGAGAGGUCAGAGGUUUGCUGGACAGCCUGUCGGAGAAGCUGGUAACCUUCUCCGAGGUUGGGAUCAGCCCCGCUCACGCUGACCACAUCUUCUGUGAGCUCACCUCCUUUGAAGAGCGAGUCUGUGAGGCUCUGGACAGAGCCUUGGCGCUGUCUCAUGAGGGUGAUGAGCUCAUCCAGAAGUCCCACUACGCCGAGGACUCCAUUCAGCCCAAAUGCAGCGAGCUGAGAGCCGUCAGCGAGAGCCUGAGCUUCAACCUCAGGACCAAGAAGGACUACCUGCUGAAAGCCAUGGAGCUGCACCAUCGGCUGGAGAGGGCAUCUAAAUGGGUCGACGAUGGCAUCUAUCUGCUGGCCUCUCAGCCAGUAGACAAGUGCCAGUCCCAUGAGGGGGCCGAGCUGGCCUUGCAGGAGUUGGAGCGUUACCUAGACAACGCUGGUCAGAAUCAACUGACUGACCUCGGCGCCAUCUGGAAGGAGUACGAGGAAGUGCUGAACCAGCAGUUCAGGGAGCAAGUGGAGAAAGUUUACCAAAAGCAAGCGUCCAUGCAGGAGAUGUUUGACAAGCGGAAGAUCAGCCUCAAGAAGCUAGCAGCCAAACAAACCAGGCCAGUGCAGCCAGUGGCUCCGAGACCAGAAGCCUUCAUCAAAUCACCGCUCAACUCUCCUGCGCACAAAGCACAGCUGGAAAAAAAUUCGGAGUCCAACCUCAGCUCUGAAAAAAGAAACGGCCAACUGCAGAACGAAGACGGUGGCAGCAGACACGCGUCUCAGUCGGAGGAGGAGGAGAACCUGGCGGUGCUCCGGCGACAUGUAAUGAACGAGCUGCUGGAAACCGAGAGGGCCUAUGUGGAGGAGCUACUCUGUGUGCUGCAGGGUUAUGCCUCUGAGAUGGAGAAUCCAACCAUGUCUCACCUCAUCCCCGCGCCUUUGCAGAACAAAAAGGAGGUUCUGUUUGGUAACAUGCCAGAGAUUUACCAUUUUCAUAAAAGAACCUUUCUGAGGGAGUUGGAGCUUUACACAGACUGCCCAGAGUUAGUGGGAAGAUGCUUUUUGGAGAGGAUGACUGACCUGCAGAUCUACGAGAAGUACUGUCACAAUAAACCUCGGUCUGAGAGCCUCUGGAGGCAGUGUUCAGACUGCGCCUUCUUCCAGGAAUGUCAGAAGAAGCUUGAACAUAAGCUGGGUUUAGAUUCAUAUCUGCUGAAGCCAGUUCAGAGAAUAACCAAAUAUCAGCUGCUGCUGAAAGAAAUGCUUAAGUACAGUAAGGGCUGCGAUGGAGCGGAUGACCUGCAGGAGGCGCUGACCUCCAUUUUGGGCAUCCUCAAGGCUGUCAACGACUCCAUGCAUCUCAUCGCCAUCACAGGAUUUGAGGGUAAUAUGAGUGAACUAGGAAAGCUCCUCAUGCAGGGCUCAUUCAGCGUUUGGACUGAGCACAAAAAAGGUCACGCCAAAGUUAAAGACCUGGCUCGUUUCAAGCCCAUGCAGAGACACCUGUUCCUCCACGAGAAGGCUCUGCUCUUCUGCAAGAGGAGGGAGGAGAACGGAGAGGGCUACGAGAAGGCUCCUUCAUACAGCUUCAAACAGUCACUUAGUAUGAAUGCAGUGGGGUUCACUGAGAAUGCAAAGGGAGACAACAAGAAGUUUGAAAUCUGGUCCAGCUCCAGAGAAGAGGUUUAUAUUGUUCAGGCACCAACUGCUGAAGUAAAAACCACAUGGGUGAAUGAGAUCAGAAAGGUUCUCACAACCCAGCUGGAGGCCUGCAGAGAAGCCAGCCAGCAGAGGGCACCAGAUCAAGUGUUUCAGUUUCCCCCGGUGCCAACCAGUACAGUGAGUCUCAGUCCUUUAAAGACGAGCCAGAAGGUUAAAAAAGGAGAGGAGAAGAAGGCUGAGCCAUGCAGCCCUGAUGUCACCUCUACUUGUUCACCAAAGCUCACAGUGAAAGACGAAGCAGUGACAAGCCCGACCUCAGACAGAGCUGCUGCGGCUAAAAAGCGUUUUACUUUACAGGGCUUCAGUAACCUCAAAACUCAGAAAGAGCCCACAAGCACUGAUGACAAAUGUUAUACGUUCCCCAUGAUAAUCUGCCCAUCUUCAGGAUCCUCCACCAGCCCAGACCACAACACCAAACGGCAGAGUGAUCCCACGCCUUUUGGCUUCAAAGGAUGGAAUAAGACCUCCCUAUCAUUGGACGAACACGACGGCUACUCCAGCGCCGAGGAGCCUCUUAACUCUGAUCCAGAAGACGAAAACCACAAGAAGCUGUGUGCUGGGAAAUACACCGUAAUGGCAGACUACGAGAACGGAGCUGCAGAAGAGCUUUUAGUGAAGAGUGGAGACAUGGUGCAGCUGGUGAAGGAGGGGGACGACGGACAGUGGUUUGUGCGCAACCUCAACACAUCUAAGGAGAGCUGGAUGGCCGCUGCUAAUCUCAUGACCCUCAUGGAGAAGUCCAAGUCUUGUCAGUCUCUCAGCAGCUCUGAAGGCAGUGGGAACCUCAGCACAUCCUCCAGCUGCAGCGAGACCUAAACAAACCCAUCAGACGUCAAACCCUGAACUCCUCUGCACUUCUCCGGUCAAGGAACUGCCCUCCUGAAUGCAAGCAUCACACGGCUGCAUCUGUGCUGUCAUGCCAACAUCAGCACUCCUGGAUUUUGCACAAAAAGUUGUACGUUUGUCAUUGUUUUUAUUAAACCCGUACGCCAUGUGGUCUCAUAACGUUGUUACCAUUAUGCUGUUGAGGUGUAAACAUUAGCGAAAUAACUCCACUGUGUAGUAAAGUGAUCUGGCAACAGACAUUUUUCUGAUCAGUUUUAGAUGUAUGAGUGGACCAGCAGGACUGAGAUCUGUUAAUGCAUCUUUUUAUCACUUCACAAGCAAGGAAAAGUUACAAGAAAAAUAUUUUGUCACGUUCAUCAGCUCUGAUAGACGGUUUUAAAAAGGGGGGAAGAAAUACAUUCAUGCAGCUUUUUUAGGUUGUAUGCUUCCCUUUUGUCAGCUCAGUAUUUAUUUAAAUGUAACACACCCAUUUGUAUUCAUGAAUUCUCCCGUAUUGCCACCUGUCUGCUGUUUGUUUAGUGUCAGCCUGUCUGUAGAAACCGGUUCUAAUGUCUAAACUUUGUGGAUUUUCUUCUAUUUGUGAAUUUCAUUAAUGCAACAAAUGUUUCUCAGUGUACAACCCCAGAAACCACUGUACUAACUUAUUCCCUGUGCAGGGGGUCAUUUUCUGAAUGUAGAUGAUAUGUAAUAAUAACUGUCUGUCAUGAGAUAUUUGUUAAUGAAAAUGCUAUAUUGUACACUAAGUAUGGUGACGUCACUACCUGGUGACUUGUCAAAUUUUUUUUACAUAAACAAAUUGUUACAAAACAGUGA